AAGAAACCGGAAACAGUAUAAGAGCACACGUGAAAUCUUUCUUGCUUAACGCGAUAAGAAAACUCGUGUUAAACAAAAAUGCCGCAAAACGAACAUAUUGAAUUACAUAGAAAGCGUCAUGGGUAUCGGCUUGAUUAUCAUGAGAGGAAGAGAAAGAAGGAGGCUCGAGAAGCUCAUGAAAUCUCCAAAAAGGCAAGAAAAUUAAGAGGCAUCAAAGCUAAACUUUUCAACAAAAAGAUGCACGCCGAGAAGAUCCAAAUGAAGAAAACAAUUAAAAAGCACGAGGAACGAAAAACAAAAUCCAAGGAUACAGAUGAAGUUCCUGAUGGAGCUAUUCCAGCUUAUCUUUUGGAUCGUGAGGGGCAACAGCGAGCCAAAGUGCUAUCAAAUACUAUUAAACAGAAAAGGAAAGAAAAAGCUGGCAAAUGGAACGUACCACUUCCUAAAGUACAAGGAAUUAGCGAAGCUGAAGUGUUCAAAGUAGUAAAAACCGGUAAAAGAAGGAAAAAGUCUUGGAAAAGAAUGGUUACCAAAGCUUGCUUUGUUGGCGAGGGAUUCACAAGAAAACCACCAAAGUUUGAACGUUUCAUCAGACCAAUGGCAUUGAGAUAUAAAAAAGCUCACGUCACUCAUCCAGAAUUGAAAGCUACUUUUCAAUUGCCAAUAAUUCGUGUAAAGAAAAAUCCAUCAAGUCCGAUGUACACAACCUUGGGUGUUAUAACCAAAGGAACCAUUAUUGAAGUAAAUGUUAGUGAAUUAGGUCUGGUAACCCAGGGAGGAAAAGUGGUAUGGGGCAAGUACGCCCAAGUGACUAAUAACCCCGAAAAUGACGGCUGUAUAAACGCCGUUCUAUUAGUAUAA